GGUCGGGAAAUAAAAUUGAGGUGUAUGCGGGAGAGAGAGAAUCGCAGUCGGAGUAUAUACUCUCACUAUCUCGGAUGAACUAGAGUAUCGUGUCAUCUCGACUAGACUCUGAAUACGCGCCACGACACGUGCGUUAAGGGGUUAAUACACUGCAAUAUCGCAAAUUUAACACUCCUAACGAAUUGAUCCUUCGACCGAGCAAACCACCAUGAGUGACCAACGUUACGUGACAGAGAUUCCAAGCAGUUUGAAGCAACUGGCACGCUUCGUUGUGCGUGGCUUCUACACUAUCGAGGACGCCCUGGUAGUGGACAUGCUUGUUCGAAAUCCCUGCAUGAAGGAGGACGAUAUUUGCGAGCUACUAAAAUUCGAACGAAAAAUGUUGCGAGCAAGGAUAUCGAUUCUGAAGAAUGAUAAAUUUCUGCAGGUCAGGCUAAAAAUGGAAACCGGUCCUGAUGGAAAAGCACAAAAGGUGAAUUACUACUUCAUCAAUUACAAAACGUUCGUAAAUGUCGUCAAGUACAAGCUAGAUCAUAUGCGAAAACGUAUGGAAACCGAAGAACGUGAUGCAACUAGUCGCGCCAGUUUCAAGUGUCCUUCCUGUGAUGAAACAUUCACUGAUCUGGAAGCAGAUCAGCUGUUCGAUAUCGCUACCGCUGAAUUUCGGUGCACGUAUUGCGGAAGUACUGUGGAAGAAGACAGUUCUGCAUUACCGAAGAAAGAUUCUCGUUUGCUAUUAGCCAAAUUCAACGAACAGUUGCAACCUUUGUACGAUCUGUUAAGACAAGUUGAAGACAUCAAACUUGCUCCGGAAAUUCUAGAACCGGAACCAGUCGAUAUCGAUACCAUUAGAGGUGUCGCGAAACCAACAAACAGGAUCACAUCGGAACAAUGGUCCGGUGAAGCUACACGAACCAGUGGAUUUGCUGUCGAAGAAACGCGAGUAGAUGUCACUAUCGGCGAUACGGACGCGGUUGAAACCGCAACGCAACGAAAGGAUCGUCCUGUAUGGAUGACGGAGUCGACUGUUAUUUCUAACGAUUUGGAUGAAAACUCGGUGGAAUCGAUUCUGGAGAAAGCUGCCUUCACAUCCACUCAACCUCCGGCGGUCACUAAUACGAGUGUCAUAUCCUCCACACGAAAUCGUAGAGAAGCCGAUGAUAUUAUGUCGGUGCUGUUGCAGCAUGAGAAACAAAGUUCUCGCAGUGCAACGAACGAUGCCAUCAAGGGAUUAGGGCUUAACAAUGAUGCCAGUAGUGAUAGUAGCGAAGACGAAAGAGACAUUGACAAUACGGAAAUCCCCACAGUGGAAAUUAUGGACACCGAUUCGGAUGACGAUAUGCCAACGGUAACGGUAGCCGGUAGGCCGUACCCCUUGGAUGAAAUCAAUGAUACGCUGAUAGCAGAAAUGACACCACAGGAGAAAGAAACGUAUAUUCAGGUGUAUCAGGAUCAUUUUAGUCAUAUGUACGAUUAGACGAUCGA